CGACUGUUGUAAAACUUAAUCACUGUGAUGUUUAAAUCAUUGUCUGCGCGUUUCAUGCAGAGAUAAUGUGACAAAAACAACGAAAAAAUUCCUCUCCACGCGAAAAAUUCUGCCUUAGGCUUAGCGACACCAGCGAGUUUGGAGUAGAUGUAGGUGAUGAUGACUAAGCCGGUCUCCAAAUUCAGAAAAAAAUCAUUCUUAUGAUUAGAUUAGACAGAAAAGUUCCUUUAAACACAAUUAUCCUUUGGUUUUUUACUUGUGAGAUUAACAGGGACAAUACUUUCUAGUUGUUCGAUUACGUCAUAACAAUUUAUCACGAGUCUUUAAUUCUAUAAGGGAUGCAUGUAUCAAUUACAUAAGUCAGUCGCACAGCUAUAGCGGAGGAAUAUCAACGGCGGUAAUCUACGGAAAUUUCUACCAAAAGCAGGUCGAUGUUAGCCUAAAGCAGAGGCAUCUAAAGACGAAGGACUAGGUUUGCUGUAUCAUUAGAUCUACGGAAAGAAUACGACGAGGGAGAUAUGGUUUCAGACGCUUUGUGGAAAAUACUGAUUCUUUCUGCUUCUUUGAUUAUGGUGACUUCAGCUUUUCCAGAAAGUUACCAGAAUUUCAGCAAAUGCUACCCUGGCAAACGAAUCAGUCAUAAAAACGUUGCUGGGCAAAUUAAAAUGUUGAUUUGCGCAGGAGAAAAAGACGGUGUCCUAGACUGGCAAUACACUGAUGGUUCCUCAACAUUGGGAGAGGAGUUCAACCCAGCCAAAGAUUGUCCUGAAAUUGUUGAUCAUUUGCCUGGAGCUAAGGAUGGAUUUUAUUGGAUUUCCUUUGACAACAAAACUAAGCAUAAGCUUUGGUGUGAUGUAAAUACAGACGGUGGAGGGUUUAUCUUAGUUGGAAUGGCGGACAGUCCUGUAACCUGGACAAUACCAUCCAACUCUACCCCUGUUGAUCCUAAAGGACCCCCUCAUUGGUCUAGCGAACUUGGUGACAUCCAAAUACUCGAUUUCAGAGUUCAGAUUUCUUCGGACAAUACUUUUGAAAGGACCAAGGCACAUUGGUUUUAUCGCUUAAACAAAAAGCGUCAACUUGGGGAUAUUUUUUCAAACGACAUAUCAACUGGUUGUUCUCCAAGCACUCCUGGAAUUGGGGAUAUCAAAUAUGUCAAGAAUGUCCAAAGCGGUUCUAUCACUACGACUAAUUUCAAAUGUUCCAUAUUUGGACCUCACACUCACAAUAGUUUAGGAUGGGCAAGAAUGAACUAUUGUCUUCGUAAUACUUGCAAGAAAGGAUAUGGUGUAAUUCCUGGUCCUUUUUCAUUUCAAUAUACUCAAUAUGGGUCUUUUAGUUACAGCGCCGUGUCGGCUUCGACUGGUAUGGGACGUAAUUCUACAGCCUUCCUUGGAUGCGAUGGCGGAAAAUGUUGCGGAUGUUUUGGUCCUAAAGGUGGAAGACAAAACUACUGUGGUCCAGGAUGUACUGCAAUUAAUGGAGGAACGGUAAUGAAGAAUGUUUUUGUUUGGUUUUGGGUGAGAAACAGAAUGCCAGAAAGACUUUGGAAAAGGUGCAUGGAGUUUACCAUGAAGAAUUCAACAGGCGUAUCUGAGAAAUAUUUUAUUGAUCCAAGAACUGGUACUGCACAUAAGGGUUCCUGUUCAGAGCAAUUCAAGACAUUUCUUAACGAGGGUACAUUGACUGUAGCUGACAAAAAAGGGUUUAAAAAGAUCCCAAAUGUUCCUGGUCUUCUCUCAUAUCGUAAAGAUAAUCAACAACUUUAUGUUAAUAAUGGAUCAAAGUGGCAACCAUUAGAUAAUGAAGGAGAGGUUCGACAAUUACAGCAGGAAGUUAAAAGUCUAGAAACACAACUCCAAACUCGGAUAAAAAAGCUAGAAAAAGGUUUACAAAUUUAUCCUUCUUGUUCAAUAUUACGACAAACGAGCCCUACAGCCGAUAGUGGAAAGUAUUUGAUAAAUCCCAUUCAAGGAGUCGUGGUUUCAGUAUUUUGUGACAUGACUUCAAAGAAUGGUGUUGGUGUGACAGAGAUUGGACAUGACAGUGAAUCAAGAACACUUGUGAGUGGAUAUGAUCCUGCGGGGUCGUACAAGAGGAAGAUUAAAUAUGAAAUUUCCAUGGAGCAGAUCGUUGCCAUUAUGAAACAAUCCAUGAACUGUGAACAGUUUAUAAAAUAUGAAUGUUAUAAUAGUGUAUUAAUAUACUUCACUAAUCCUUUCGGUUGGUGGGUAUCACGUCAAGGUUCAAAGAUGAAUUACUGGGGUGGAGCGGCAGUCGACAGUGGAAAAUGUGCCUGUGGAAUGACAAACAGCUGUGCAGGUGGAAGAAAAUGUAAUUGUGACAAGAACGAUUGGGCAUGGCGUGAAGACAGUGGAUAUCUGACAGACAAGAACACGCUGCCUGUUACUGAACUGAGAUUUGGAGAUGCUGACGGUGUUUCAAACCAUAACGGAAUAAGAGAGUCAGGUUAUCAUACACUGGGAAAAUUACGUUGCUGGGGAUAAAAGAUGAAACAUCAAACCUGAUGUGAUGAAUAUGUUCUUUGUGAUUAACCAUGAUUUGAAAAACGUUUGUCUUAAGACUUUUAUCUUAAGACCAUUAAUUUCAGAUUGUUAAAGUCAUUCAGUUGCUAUAAUCAACUUUAAACAAUGCGUAUUUUAUCUUGUUUGAGAAACUUUUAGAAACUCUGUCUCUCGUAUUUAUCAAAUUUUCUAUUAUUUUUGAAGUACGAAACCUUGACUGCGUAAUCUAAAUGAAGCUAGAUGAAGACAUGGGUUAUCUGCCCAUAAAUUGAUGGAAGCCCGACGGAGUUCUCUACAGUGAAUGUGAUACUGAAUCGAAGAUCUGCAUGAUCAUUG